UCCGGAAGUUCACGCUCGUCGUUGGCUAAAGCACUUGUGUAUGUUGUCGAAGUCCGCGAGAGUCAACUCUCUUUUGUCCGUUCAUUUUUUUAACUACAAUCCGUGACAUUUGCUAACGAACUUAAACACGUGGUGGAGGAUCACAAUUGAGCAGAAAUGGAUUCUUCUGGACAAGACUCGUCAAUGACAUCUACAGGUUUAGCCAGUGGAGGUACUCUACCACCCGGCCUUACAGAGGAGGAGGCAGAAGAAAUGCAGCUGGAGCUCACCAAGGUGGAUGAUGAGAUUCAGACACUGAGGCAGGUUCUGACAGCUAAGGAGAGGCACGCCACAGAGCUCAAACGCAGACUUGGCAUCAGCCCUCUCUCUGAAAUCAAACAGAACAUCACCAAAGGCUGGCACGAAGUCCAGUGCUCCAGUGCAUACCUUACAGCUUCGGCCACACUGGAGGACAUUAGCCGCUCUGAAACUUAUAAGAGGACUCAGGAUACUCUGUCUCAGGCAGGUCAGAUGACAUCAGCUGCCAUCUCCACGAUGGGCUCUGCCAUCAGAAGCAGAUUCGGAGAGAUGAGGGCUUUACCGUACUCUGGUAGUAACCUUUCCAUGCGUCACUCUUUAAGUAUGCCAGCUAUGAGGAACUCGCCAAGCUUUAAAUCCUUUGAGGACAAGGUGGAAAACAUGAAGUACAAAGUAAUGGGACGAUCAAAUGGAGAGAGCUCGCCAACUAGCAACAAUGCACCCUUUUGAGCAAGAAGCACAACCAGCAACUGACCUCCGUGAACCCUGUGUAACAUUGUAAACCAAUUUCACUCAUUUAACAUCAAAUGAAUGUAUGAACCAAACAUAAUGCUUUAAUACACCGAUGCCAACAUGCAAAGGAGCGUUUCACUUUCACCCUUGUAAAGGUGUUGUAGCCAAACUGUUAAACAAAACCUCUUAAAUAUGCAUGUGGAAAAGGUGGAGGCCUAUUGAAAGAAAGCUUUCUUCUCUAUGCACCACAUUACCUUCAAAUGUAAUUUUUUAAAAAUGUUUAGUUUAGUGAAACGUUUCUACAACUCUUAGAAUGGGCUAAAAUAUUAUAGAUUUCUCAUCCUGCUACAUCGCUAUUGUUUAUUAUUGUUACAUGCUUUCUACAAUAGUACUGCACUAGUUUUUACCCUGCUUAUUAAAUGCUUUUACUCAGGGCUAAAGGUGCUACUGCACCAGAUUCUCAUGUUUGAAGGUUUGUGCUAAAUCAUUCACAUGUAGUGGUUGUUUUGUCUAAUUUGAGCUUUCUCCUGUUUUCAAAAUGAUAAUCCUAGAAACUACCUGACGUUUUCUAACAACAAAAUGUUACAUGAUAUUGAGUGAAUAUGUAUUUGUUAAACAAGCUAAACACAUCUCCUGGUUACUCUUCUAACCAUUUGAAUCUUUUAACUUGAGUUGAAUUGUUCAAUAGACUAUUUCUUGGUUAACAUGAAGGACUGGAUUUUUUCUCUUUGAUUGCCUGUAUUUCUUAGCGUCCUGUCUUGCAUAUCUUGUUUUUUCCUUUUUCAGUAUUUUCAGAGUGCAUUAGUAACAACGCAGUUGAGGCAUUUGGUGACAUGAUAGUGGUUGAAUUAUUUAUUUUCUAAUCCAAUGCAUGCCAUCAAAAGAGAGGUAAUAAAUGCAAGAUUGGUGUAUGUGGAUUCAUAAUGCUUUAACCCACAUAUUGUGGUGUGAUAAAGGUCAGUUUCACUCUGAGGUGAUGGAAACCCACUUGUUUUGGGUCGGUUUAUUAUUUUGCUUUUGAUUUUUUGUACUGACUGGGCUGGUGCUGGUGGGAGUACUUGACAUGCAUUGACCUGUAAAAUAUGAAUGUUACCACGGUGACCUAAACACUGUAUCAUGAUUGAUGCUUUACGACUCUAACAUGCUUGACUGUUAAGGGUUUAUCAAGGACAAAUAAAUGAAGAAAAACAACACCGUGACUGUUUUUUCAAAGCACACGUUC